AUGGCAGGGGAACAAACAACAGAGACGGUGACCGUGGUCCGGCCACUCAAGGUGAUGGCCCUUGUCUGUGGGAUCAUCUCCAUCCUUCUCAUCAUCAUCAGCAUUGCCAGCACAGAAUGGUUGACAGCUGACGGCAAUUACCGUCAAGGGCUGUGGCAAGAUUGUCAAGAUGGAAGAGAACCAGUUUGCCAAAAUAAUCCAGCAAAAGCAUGGAUCCAAGCAUGUGCUGCUCUGUGUAUCAUCACUCUGAUCUUUGCCACUGGCGCCACAAUCCUCACAGUCUUUGGGCUGCUUUCAAAGAACUCUGUAUGGAAAUUCAGGUUCUAUAGGAUCGCUAUGAUUAUCAUGUUCUUCUGUGUGUUGUGCCAAGUGAUAUCCCUUAUUGUGUUCCCUGCUAUGUUCAUGCAAGAAAUCCAGUCAUUGGGAAAGAGCCAGUGGAUGUUUGGCUGGUCCUACGGUGUCGGCUGGGGUGCAGCAAUUUUCCUAUUCGGAGGUGCAAUCUUACUGCUAAUGGAUAAAGAGAGUGAGGAAAUUUACUAUCGCGAGAAAACAUAUUAUGACAACCAGACUGAUGCAUGA